AUUUCUCAUUGCAACUACGCUAUAAACAUGAAAUCCUACGCAGUGAUCGCCUUCGCAGCUGUUGUGGCCUCGGCCUUGGCUGGCUCGUGCAUCGAGGAACGAGAGGAGGCUCAGAAGAGAGUCGACGCUGGUAUGCUGGGAGUCUUCGUUCCGGAAUGCGAGGACAGCGGAGAAUGGAAGGCGUUGCAGUGCCAUGCAUCCACUGGAAUGUGCCGAUGCGUCCACCCCACUGGCGAGAACCUGAAGAACUCCUCCCGUGUUCUCGAGACCUGUGUCUGCAUCGUUCACCGCGACCGUCAGAUGAAGAAGGGUCUUCUUGGAGCUGCUAUUCCCGCUUGCGAGGAAUCUGGUUAUUACAAGAAGGUUCAAUGCCACGAAGCUCGAUGCUCCUGCGCGGAUCCCACCUCCGGUGAGCUCCGAGGAGAAAGCCGCCACAUCAGCGAGCUCUCGCAACUCGAAUGUUAAUAAAUUCGGUUCUUGAGACUCAAU